UACAUUGAGCAUAAGUUCACAUCCAGCAUUCAAAGCUAGAAGAAGUGAGAAAUUCCCAGUCAGAAGAAUUUUUAAUAAAUCCCAAAGAAUCUCAAGUGAAAAUGAUCUCAUCAGUGAAAGUUGCAAUCCUGUUGGCCUGUGUGGCUGUAUCCUGUGCUUACUCCUUUGAGUAUCCUGUCGAACUGGAGGAUGCAGUUGAGGAGCUCUCUCCGUGGGAUGUUGCUGUGGAACCCAUGUACAUUCUGCCUCUGCCAUUGGCCAAACAACGCGUCAGGCGUCAGACAAUCUUCGGUGGAGUAACUCCUGGAAAUCCUGGAGGUGUCCAGGGAACCGUUGGAGCUCGUGGCACACUGUUUGAGAACAAUGGACAUCGUCUCGAUGGGCAUGGCAGUGUCUCUCGCAAUUGGCACCCAACUGGACCCACAACUAUUGGCGGUGGGCUCGACUACACAGGACCCAGAGGAUCAGCCUCAGUCAGUGCACAGCAUCAGCAUCGUUUUGGAACAACAAUUGGUGCUGAAGGACGCGCCAAUCUCUACAGGAGCCCCAAUGGGAUGACUUCUGUGGAUGCCCAUGGAUCCUACCAGCGCCACUUUGGAGGACCCUUCGGAACAUCAAGGCCCAACUACAACGUUGGACUUGGUCUUUCUCAUCGCUUCUAAGCAGAGAAUUGAUCAUUUUCAAUAUACUGCCGCAGCUUAGAAAUUUAAGAAAAAUCAGGGAUUUUUUUUUGGCUUUUUUAAGAAUUUGUAAAAAAUUGUAAAUUAUUUUUUUUAGUAAAAUAAACUUUAUUCACAACUCUUUUUGUAACAAA